ACGCACGCACGCACGCACACACACAUUGAGUCACUGCUGCCUCGCGGACUCUCAAAGUGCGAAGUUACUCUCGUUUAUUGAGUUACACUCGAUUUUCAUACGUGUUUUUCCUCCAGCAUAAAAUAAACAUACGAAUUUUCAGAUUUUUUCCGAAACCACGUACUUUGUCUACGCGAGGAAGACAGCAAGUGUUUUGGUUUGACCGAUAAGGCUUCAUCUAUGAGUAACAAUGAAGCAGAAUCAAAACACCAUAAGAACCUUCAUGAUCAUCUGUCUAGUGUUCAUUUUGGGUCAAGCAGCAACAACAGAGAAUGACAAAGACUUUAAGAUGUGUGGAAUAUGGCGCCAUGGCAACGCAUCCCGAAAUCUGACGUAUGAUUUAAGACCAGGUUGUGAAGACAUCAGGAUUUUAGGAAAUGAGUUCACCCUCUCUAUUCAGGGCAGUAUCACAGCGAAGUGCAAGCAAUCUGCAACAAUUACUCUAGAUUCAAGCCCCUUUCAAAAUCAAAGUAAUUUCUGUGUGUUCUGGGAGCCAUUGUUGGACCUGCUGAUAGUGGAGGUGAAUGGACGAAAUCGGACACUGUGUGGCCCAAAUGGCCUGCAGGGCAACUGCUGCACUAACCUCUCACCAGAUUACCAGAAUGGUAGCAAGCUGUAUGGUAUUGUGAAUGGCAGCAUCAAAGGGGAUCCUAUCAGCAGCAAUGUCAUGGAAAUAUAUACAUUCCGUGGGGAAUCAAUAAACUGCAAGAAGAAGUUCUGUGAUGAGGCAAGCGAAAAUCCAGGAGGACCAAACAUGAUUGAGGAAGCGGUAAUGAAAUCUAGCAAAAUUGGGCGUGUGGAUCUACCUUGUGUUCAGGGAACUAUCAUUGAGAUGGAAGAGGGCUUCACAGGACACAACAUCACGCUGCCAGCUCCACGAAGUAACCAAUCCAACACAAUACCCUCAAUCUAUCUCCCCCCCUGCCUGAAAUCAGAAGUAAGAAAAAAAUCCAAAGUGGUCCUUACCUACUUCAGGGAGAGGACAGCAAAGACAUUUUUUAAGCAAAAAAAAUCACCAAAAUCACCUGAGUCAACUCUUCUGGAUGACAUAGUUGGAAUCUCAGUGGAGAAUGAGAUCAUCACUAACCUCCCAGAACCUGUCAGAAUCAGGUUCCGUCAUUCAGCCCUUCCGUCUAAUUUUUCAAAUGAAUGUGUUUCAUGGGACACAAGAAAAGACAAAGAUGUGAUGUGGAGGUCAGACGGUUGUGAGACGUUUAACAUCAAUGCAGAAGAGACAGAAUGCUGUUGUAAACACCUUACGUACUUUGCUAUUCUUGUGCAAGUGAAACAGAGAGCUACUGUGCGCCAUCUUAAGGCUCUGACGUUCAUAACAGCUGUGGGAUGUGCUGUGUCUUUAGUUAGCUGCUUGGUUCUCUUCUACUGGCUCUGUAAAAAGAGAAAAGGAAAGAAAAAUCAGUCCUCAUUGGUGCACCGUGGUCUGGUGGUGGCUAUAUUUCUUUUGAGCUUGUUCUUCAUUCUUACUGGUACAAUGGCAAAUGUUGGAAAUGAGACAGUUUGUCAGAUAACGGGAACCCUUCUGCAUUACGCGCUGCUAAGCGCCCUCUGCUGGAUGGCUGUGGAAGUGUUUCACGCGUUCUUGUUAGUCCAUCAAGUGUUCGAGAUACCGCCUCCGUCAUGGCUGUUUUACCUGGGGGGUUUUGGUCUUCCAGCUCUGCUAGUUGUUAUACUGGUCUCUAUAGGUGAUAUUUAUGGUCAAAGAAAGAUUGUGCCCAGUGAUGAUGUCAACAAUCCAUACUACAUGUGCUGGAUGUUGGACAAUGAAAAGAGCAGACUGGUUCAUUACAUUGUAAAUAUGGGCUUACUGGUUGUUGUGAUGAGCUCUGGUAUGGUCAUGCUUUUCUACGUUGUGAGAAAGAUAAUGAAGAUGCAAGUGCUGAAGAACCGUUACGGAGUAUUUCUGAGUAUCUGGGGCAUAACUUGUCUGUUUGGCACAACAUGGGGCCUGAGUUUCCUCGAUUUUGGCCCCUUUUCAGAGGCCACCCUCUUCCUUUUCUGCAUUAUCAAUUCCUUACAAGGAUUUUUCCUCAUGCUGCGACACUUCAUUAUGAAACGGAUAGAAAAGACACAUGAGUCCAGUGGGAGCAGUAGUGGAUCAUCAAAACAACUUAUGCUACAGACUCAUGAAAAGAGUUAAAAGUCUGAAGAUGCUCAGUGUUUUUUCUGAAAUGGUCUAUCAGAAAUGUAUUGCAUUAUAUUAAAUUAGGGGUCAGGAUUCAUCAGGGCAUUUGUAAAGAUCUUUUCUCAUCCUGCAGGUCAGGCUCUUAAGUUAAAUGUUGCUCAGAUGACAUUGCACUGAUAUUGAGCAUUAAUGCUUUACCUGUCAUAAGCUGUAUUUCCAUAAUUAGUGUGAGUAUAUAUUUUUUUCAAGCGAGCCUUGCACUUUAGCUUUUUUAACUACUGUAGAAAACUGCUGUUUUUAUUGUGAAAUGUUAAUAGGAUUUUUAGUGAACCACUGUUAGUAAUGACUAUAAUAUUGAAUCUGUGAUCAGAUAAAUAAUGUGGUGUGUUUGAUGAGUAGAGGUUGCGCUUUAGCUGUCGGGUUGUCAGAAAAUCUGCCAAAAGAGUACAUUCCUCAAAAUGCUUAUCAGAGUAAAUGAAACUGGCAGACUGUACAUUUUAUUUUGUUAUUUCAGUUUUACAGCACUUUUGUUUAUUGUAAAGAGUUCUGUAAUGAGAAAAAUAAUUAAUACUUUAUUGUACCUUUUGUUUGUAUUGUUGAAAGUAUUCAAAAUUAAAACUUUUAAAAUAAAGUUUAAAAUCACUUUGUAUGUGUAUGAACAAACACAUGUUUGAAUAUUAUAUAAACCGUUAGAUAUUGAAAAAAAAACUUUAAAUUGGGCACAGUUUAUUGUAGAUGUGUUAUCCAUUAACCAAAUUUGAAUAAGAAUCCUCUGAUUUUUUUGUUUUGUAUAAGUUAAAAUUAAAGUAAAAGAUAAAUAAAUUCACUUGGGUAGUUUAAGACAGAUGUUACGACCUUCUAUGUUUAUUUGCCUGUGGGAGAAGUUUGUUUGUGUCUCUGUCCAGGAAGAAACCUGAUUGGCUCCUGACGACUGAUCAUUCCUUUGCCCUGAUUGGUUCAUGACGACACCUUUUGCCUAUAGGAAUCCAGUCUUCACUUCUCGAGAGCGCAUUUGUUCUCACUCGCUGUGUGUGUUGUUCUGGCUUGUUGAACUUAACUGUGAUACUAGACCUUUUGCCUGUUUUUGACAUUGAGCUUGGCUUUUGUUUCUGAUCUGUGGAUUAUUCCUUGUAAAUAUUCUAACUUGUAUAUAUUUGUAAAUACCGCUUAACUUGGGAAAGUAGGGAGUCUGACGCCACUCUUUUGUUUUGCUAUAAGUUUGAUCUUUGUUUCUGUUAUGGGAGUUAGGUUAUACGUUGUAUUUUUGUUUUCUUCUGUUGCUAUUAGGAUUUAGCAAGGUUUUAAAUAAAGGAAGUUUUGUUUAUUAUUUUGGCUAUGUCAACUCUUGAAUCCUUAGGUCCCAAGUUAAAACAAUAAAUUUUCAUUAUUGUCAUUCA